UACUCGAGCUUCGUUCGUCUCGGUGCCUAAUACAUCUCUUCGGUCUGCAACUAGUGUAUCGCCUCGGAUGUCAUCACGGUUGGCAAAGAAGAUCCAUCCUUUUAUUCUUACAAAAAGUCGAGACAUCUAUCCGUACUUAGCUUCCAAGGAUUCCUUGGACUCGACCGAGUCAUUGCGAGAGGAGCACGGUGGCACAGGGAGCUCAACACCUUCAGCAUCUACUCUCAAGAAAAAGAUGGGCUCUCCGCGUAACAUCAAUUUUGACGAUGGCACAAAGGCUGCGCUCAUGGAAGAGUGGGCAAAUCUUCGCAUGUCUCAAGGAACACUGCUAUCAACUAUGAAUGCAAGUAAGGAUACAACGACGCACCUCCACAGUAAUCGUGGAAGUCAGGAACCCUGCAACGAAGCGCAGAUCCCGUCCGGUGAAGUGGCUGAACCCGACAAUCCACACCCCACUCCAACCAAUGACCACAUAAAACAUCCUUCCUGCUCCCUGUCUAACCAAGUGGUUGAGCCGCUCCCAGACUCGGAUGCCCCUGCUACAAAUGAGUUACUAUUCACUCCCCCGCUCCCGCUGGGUGAGGAAUUUACUCUACAUAAUAGUUUGUCAGAUUGUGACUUACGGUAUCCGAGCUCGUCACCGGAGAAUGUUCAUGCAGCGAUUGAGGGUACGGCUCCAUCGCAGUAUGUUAAUGAGGGGACAACGGAAACAAUAGCCCAGGCUUCACAUACCCCUGUCAUCGAUUCUCUAGAGGUUGUGGACCAGCCCCUCCAACUACUUGCUACCGACAGUAAAACGGUGACGUUGCAUCCCCCAAGUAGUCCUAUACUCUCAAAGCUUGAUAUCCUCCCCGAGACCACGAUUUCAGCUGGACCUGCGGCCUCUGUCAAACCUGCAGAAUCCUCGGGUAGAGCUUCUCCCGUCGAUAUUCAACUUGUCGUCUCACCUCAAGCCGAUAUCGAUGAUAUUGUUUUGGGUUUUCAUAUGCUGGACCUGCAUGAGGUGCUUUCGCCAUGGGUGCCAAUGUCUCCCGCAGCACCAUCUGUUUACGUCCCACCUGCUGUGCAGCACUUAAUCGCUGGCGCAUCAAGAUGGAAGAAGUGGUUGAUAGAUUACAGAGGGAACGGGGACCAGAUACGGGAGCAAGAUGCAUCUCCAUCUCAACAACCUCCCUCAUUGCAUGCUUCACCGCGUGCGGCUUCGACGCACGCGAGCCCAGAAGAAGCUGGGCAGUGGGAUGGUGGACCCAAACCAACAUCCACUGAUACCACUUAUCCGGAUGUUACGACGGAAGAUUCUUGCGCCUGAGGCACCGAGUCAUCUCGCUUUCGAUCUGAUUCUACUGCUGUAUCUCUGCUUUGUCGCAACCUAUACGAACUGGACAAUGGAUAGCGCAACGUUCUAGGCGAUCUUUCAUACGGAUCUAAAGUUUCCAUUAGUAGGAUCUUAGUCGCGUUGAACCUGCAUACCACUUAUCCCCAAAUAACAAUUCAGAUACAUGAUUGAUAAAAUACACUU